AUGUCGCUACGCCACCUGCGGCGAACAGCGGCUCUGCAGCAGGGCGAGCAAAAGACUGUGAAUUUGCCUGUAAAUUCUUCUUCAGAUUCUUUAGAUGAGUCUUCAGACACACAAUCUUUAAAUGAAAAAUCAAACAAAACAAAUAAAUCAAUCUUUCUUCAGGCUGCUAGUGCACAACUCACGAGUUCAGAAGAAGACGAGGAAAGCGAAAGCUCUGAUAGUUCGCCGCCCACAUCUUCUGAGCCGAACGCCGCUCACGCUUCAGGUGUACAGACACCUCAGCAUUCUAAAGACACAUCGGUUAACCCAAGAAGCAGAAGAUCUCGAAAUAAAAACAGGCGCAAGAGGAAUUCACCUGCAGCAGCACAAUCAUCAUCAGCAGCAGCAGAAGAUGAAGAAGCAGCACCUGCUGCUGAGGAAGCAGCUGCUUCUUCUUCUCUUUCUCUGGAUUCAGCAAACGAAGCCGAAGCAGCAAAUGAGUUGUGCUCUUCUGCCUCUGUCUCGCGAGCGGUUGAAUCAACCCGCAGCUGUCUGUACAUGGAGAGAGCUGCUUUUGAUGUUGAGGCAGACCUAAGGAGAAUAUUUGGCAGAGAAAUAAUGAGGACUGUGAGAGUUAAUCCUCGAGGCUCUGCUCGGUCUCGCCGCCACUGGUUGGUAUCUCCGGUGUCUGUACACCCGUUUGUGCAUCCUUGGGUGCGGAUGAUUGCAAAUAAAGAUGAGUCUACAGGUUUUUAUGAGUUUUCUUUGGAGUAUACAGAGGAGUAUAUGCGUGUACAGCCUUUAUUUUAUGCUGCUUUACACAGCCACGACUUGCUGCAGCUGCAGCAGUUCUGCAGGCUUUAUCCUCAUCACCCCGACUCGCUUCUCGCUCUUUCUCAGGCUUUUCUUGUUGUUGAUAAUCAGGAAGCUUCAUUUAAUGCAAUUUCUGCUGCUGUCGCCAGCCUACAAGCAGCUUUUCAUUACUCUUUCUCACCCUUCGCCUAUAACCCAGACGGAACACCAAGGGGAUAG